AUGACAGAGGUGCAGGAGAUGAUGGGCAUGCUGCCAUCGCUACUGCAGGCCGAGUCGGAAGGGCAAGGCCUGGAGGGGUCGGCGGCGCUGCAAGAGGGCGCCGCGGGUGCGGCGGAAUUGGGGGUUCCGCCGAGCAGCCACCGAGAGCUGUAUUCUGCGGUGGUCGUCAGGGAGGGCGACACUGCUGGAGGAGAGAGCAGCAGUAGGCCGGGCGUGGAAGGCGCUCUGGUGCGAGAUGUGGAGGUCCCUGCUGCAGGUGGGUUUGGUGCAUUCCAAGACACCAACUCUCUUCGUAGUACGUUCGGCAGUGCUUGCGUACAGCAGUCUGCUGCCGCUGGAGACACUGGUGAGAGUGUCACAGCAACCGAUCAAUCCAUUCAGGGGAGGUCGGGUGGAGAAUGCGGCACGGCGGAAGGGUCGUGUCCACUGUUCUGCCUUGCUGUAGUAGCGGGCGGGGCGCACAGAAGUCGCCGGAAUUGAUGGUGCAACAGAACGGACGGAGGGGCCGUGAAGUCGCGCAGUUUUGGCGCGCAUUCCAUCUGCGGCGGUGGAGCACCAGGACGGUAGAGAGACCGUUGGGCAGGAUUGCCGGAGACACUCAACCAUGGAUCGACCGCGCGACGGCGCGGGGGGG